AUUGUCAAAUUACUCUGGGAAAAAGCUCGACUUAAAAAGCGCUUUAAGCCCCACGAUGGAUAAAUUAGCGAAUUACGGGAGCGAUGAUGAUUACGAGGACUCCCCUAAACAUCGGAAAUCGGAGCUGCCGUCAACUAUGGGGGCCCCAAAAUCUCGCCAACAAGAAGCCGAUGUCAACUACGAGGAGGUCCAAAUGGAUAUGAGUGAGGUAAUGUUUAAGAAAAUCGAUUAAAAAGAUUAAUGAGUAAAUAAAAUAAUGAAAGGGUUUGGAUUUAAAAAUAUUAAAUUAAAAAAAAAGAAAAGUGAGGUUAUGUUAGGUUAAAUUAAUAAAUUUAAAGCAAAAAAUACGCGAUUUCGUUUACAAUUUCGUUUAAGAUCUAUGAUAUUAACAUUUUUAAUAUAUUAUAAAGAAUUUGUGGUCACGAGACUCGAUUUCGACGUUCAAGCGACGACUACGAAAAAACGGGUUAAGAUCCUGACAACUGCCCGGACAGCGACUCAUCAAACGGUAUGAACAACAAAAAACGAUCCCGCCACCGCUCCCCAAGCCCUCGGAACCGCCACGAUCGCGAUAAUCGGGAUAGAGGCCGCCGAGAUGAUCAUCGGAGGGAAAAAGAAACGAAAUAUAACCGACAUAGAGAUGAUCGGUACUCAUCGUCGAGGUACUCAAGAGAUAAAAACCGCGAUGAAAACCGUUCGAGAAGGAGAUCCCCGAGCCACGAAAGAAGGAGCAGAUCCCCUUCGCGAAGAAACGAUUAUCGAAACAAAAAGAAUGAUCGGAAAUAUGACAAAAAGUACGAGGGGGCACCCAAAGUUAAUGUUGCAAUAGAAAAAAAUCAAAUAAAAAGCCCUCAAGGUUAUGUUAAAAAUGAGGUUGUUGAGAAAAAGGUGGAAACUGAGAAGGACAGGUUUUUCAUGCCGGGGAUUACGGGGCGUUUCCGCGAUCAAAUCGAAAGGAGGAAAUUAUUGUGGCAAAAAAAAGAUCAAAAUCAAGAAAAACCCAUCCCUGCAGCAUCAUCUUCGUCAUCAUCUUCAUCGACGAGCACGAAAGUUUGGCAAACGACUACGUUCGCGCAAGAUACCGAUGGAAAAGUUGCAAGCAAAUUUAAACGAUUAAUGGGGAUUAAAGAGCAACAAGCGGAUCAAGGAAAGAAUCCCGGUGAAAACGUUAUGAAACGACAAGAAGAAAUGUUUAGUUCCAUGGAGCAACAAUACGAAGUGGCGAGAACGGCUACCCACACAAUGCGCGGAGUCGGAUUGGGAUUUGGAAGUUAUCAAAGAUAAAUGAAAUUUUUAAUUUAAACCAGGAAUUGACACCAAAAACUAAGUUUUUUGUGGUUAAAAAGUUUUCCGUUAAAUUGUAGCGAUUUAUGUGUGUUACUAUGUAAUAAUAACUAAAAAAAGAAGUAAUAUUUGAUUAAAGUAAGUCAAUAAGGACCUAUUAAAGGUAGUUUUGUAAAUAAAAUGAUUUUAAAAUU